GGCUGCGCGGCGGGAGCUGGGCCGGGAGGCCUGAGUGCAGCUCAGGGGACCGGGGCUUCGGCGACCGCAGCCUCUCCUCCCCCACCGGGUGCCCCCAGCCUCGAAAAAGAGAAAACGGCGUCCGGAGACGGUCGGGACCGGGCAGCCCCCGUCCCCAGCCUAGAGGCCGGUCGUUGACCGCUUUGCACCCCUAACGUAGAAGCGGACCCAUUGCGCUUGAAAUAAUGAAAUAAUGUGCGACUUUUUAAACACAUUUGCUGAUUAAGAUAUAUGAGCGGUUCGGGUGACAAGGACUAGUCAAGUAUGACUGAACUGCCUGGGAGUUAUAUUCCCAGGGUAUAAGGAACCUGAAUAGAAAUACCGGCACUGUACGGAGUGGUGCCUCUCCUGCGUCAUGUCCCAGCCCUUGACUUGGGCUCCCUGGGCCCUAGGAUUUCUACAGGCCUAUAUUUACAUAAGCCCCCUGUUAACGAGGCGGAGAGCGUUCGUAGGUUGACUUUUCAUUCCUUGCGAAAGUUUAACUCGCGUUCAUUCUGCCUCGCCUUUGUUUUUGUCUCAGCAUCUGCAGUCUUAAUGUCUCUCCUCCCCGUCUCCGUGGCAGAUGUGCAAAAUACAGAAAAAGGAGGUUAAAAAAAAAAAAAAAGGCCUUCUAACGUCCUUAACUUUGGAUCCCACUCCCGCGGGGCCUUUUUCAGGUCUUCCGCUGAGCGGAAGCAUCCGGUGCUUGGUGAUGGUGGCCCCCGAGCGGGGUACUUUUUAUGAACUGGCGUCAUCAGCCAGUGUGCUGCUCUGCUUGCCCACCAGGAGAAAACUAUUUGGAGAUUAUGGAUGCUAAGCCCGAACCUGGACCCCUCAGUGAGAGUUCAGAACUUUUCUCCUUUGGAGUUAUAGCAGAUAUUCAAUAUGCUGAUUUGGAAGAUGGCUAUAAUUUCCAAGGAAGCAGACGGAGAUACUACAGACACAGUCUCCUUCACUUACAGGGUGCUAUCGAACACUGGAAUAAAGAAAGCAGCCCACCCAGUUGUGUACUUCAGCUUGGAGACAUCAUCGAUGGAUAUAAUGCACAGUAUCAAGCAUCGGAAAAGUCACUAGAACUCAUCAUGAACACAUUCCAAAGGCUGAAAGUCCCAGUUCAUCACACGUGGGGAAAUCAUGAAUUCUAUAACUUCAGCAGAGACUAUUUAACAAACUCCAAACUUAACACAAAGUUUCUGGAGGACCAGAUUGCCCAUCAUCCUGAGACUGUGCCUUCAGAGAAUUAUUAUGCUUAUCAUUUUGUACCAUUCCCUAAAUUCCGGUUCAUUUUACUCGAUGCUUAUGACAUGAGUGUCUUGGGCGUGGAUCAGUCUUCUCCAAAAUACCAGCAGUGUCUGAAGAUACUGAGGGAGCACAAUCCAAAUACGGAAUUGAAUAGCCCUCAAGGACUUGCUGAGCCCCAGUUUGUCCAGUUUAAUGGAGGAUUCAGCCAAGAACAGCUGAACUGGCUGAACGAAGUUCUUACAUUCUCUGACAGAAACCAAGAAAAGGUGGUGAUUGUGAAAGUCAGUGUGCAGAAUCCGUGGACCUGCCUGGGACCCAGAGGGCUGGCACUUUCUGUUCCAACCCCUCCUGCCUCCCGCUACGGCUACAACCUAAUGUUUCAGGUUGCUACACAGCACUCGGCUCACACCUCUCCCCAACGCUGCAGCAAACACGCUCCGAGCAGCCCCCGUGUCUGCCCUCGGCUAGACGCGGGGCUAACAGACCCAACUAAGAAGACGACGUCCCUCUCCAAAGAGGAGCUCCAGCCUUCCCCAUCUCCCCGCUCAGUGGUGUCUCUGACAAACAAGAAUCACGGGCAGAGUCACAGUAGACCUGCACAUCUCCACCUGAGGGCUAGACUACGACCACCUGGCAGAUCCCAUUACCCUAGCAGAGGGAAAAGAGCACAGUGCAUGUUUGGAAGACCCAAGGUAGAGACUGAACUGAACGAGGUAAGCUGCAGCCUGGUGGCGAGACGUGCAGUGAGGCCCGGCCGAGCCAGAAAAAGCAAACAUCGGAAAGAAAAAAGAGGCCACCACAGAACACGACAGCCUCUUGCGAAGCUCCAGGCAAAGCUCCAUUGGAAACGGGAUAUGACUUUCCAGUUGAUACCAUGAAGAAAUAUCAGCUCUGGUCACAAUCCAGUGGUUUGAAUGAGCUGUCUUUUGAGGAGUAGGAGAUUCGGGCAGAAGAUGGGAGAAGAUGGAAGUCACUUCAAGCCCAGUUUAAUGAGUCCAAAGAGGUUACAGAGAAACCAGGCUAAUCUUGUCUGCACUGGACCGGGACCAUAUCCUGAAUCCCUUUGCACCUCUAGCAUGAACCAUGGACACUGGGGUGCGCUGGCCCUCAAGAACGGUUUGUUGAGCCACAGGUAAAGGAAAUCAUCAGCUUUCUUAGGGGUGGUGAUCUGAAGAGUGGGAGCAAGGAAGGAACGACUGGGCUGAAGUGAAGACAGAGGAGCCGGCUCUCACUGUGAUCCCUGUUUUUCCUGGACGUGAAUGGCAAGGUGUUUGGGUGCUAAUUUCUUGCCCCCUGUGCUCCCCGUAAGCUGGCCCCCCGUGUGACUGCAGGGAACGCCUUGGCAAAGAGCCUUCUUCAAAGUGUCUCAGCGUGAUGGAGAGCGGGCCUCGCCGCCAGUCACGGAGGAUAUGUGUUUCCAGAGCCACUGCGUUCCAACCGGUAGCCUCGCCGAGUUCUGGCAAUCUGCGUGUGAAAUGUGCCCUACUCCAAAGUGUACCCAGAUUGGGGGUGGGGGGCGGUCACCCCCUCCUUUGAAACCUCUGUUCCUCUCCAUUUGCUGCCGCAGAUGCCAACACGAUUCCUGUUGCAUUAACUUGGCUGGGAGAGUGAGGAAAUGGCAGCAGCGUUAAUUAAAAAUAAUAUGCCACCCAGGAGCUAGCUUGAGCUCACUCCUCUUAGUAUUCCUCUCGAUUCCUUUCCUUCCAGCUUGCGGCUGACGCGCUAUAGGUGCCAGGGAGGGGAACCCGUGAUGUUCAAUCUUAGCGGUAUCUGUAAGGCAGAUUUUAGAGAGAGGGGCUCCGAACGUGAUGAAAAUCUUCAAUCUUAGCGGUAUCUGUAAGGCAGAUUUUAGAGAGAGGGGCUCCAAACGUGAUGAAAAUCUUCAAUCUUAGCGGUAUCUGUAAGGCAGAUUUUAGAGAGGGGCUCCGAACGUGAUGAAAAUCUUCAAUCUUAGCGGUAUCUGUAAGGCAGGUUUUUGAAGGCACUAAAAAGAAUAGUAAAAAAAUCAGGGGGAAAGAAUUGGAUUCCUGAAGUUAGGGGGACAAGGCAAGGAUUGGCAGAGAGUGGUAUGAGUGGAUACUUUCAAAAAAUAAUAAAGAGAAGAAAUACCGUUCUACAAGAAAAAGGACCAGGUCUCUUUGGAGAAAUGGCUGAGUCAAUGGUUGGGGCAGGAAAUGUAUAACCUUGUAAGAAGUUCUUAUAGUGCUGAAAAGCAAAGCAGUGUUCAAAAACAAACCACCUAAAACCCCAAUGGCGGUGUGUUUGUCAAAUGGACUCAAGAACCAACUGAAAGAGCCCGUGACGAGCAAAGCUGGGGCAACUUGAACAAGAAAAUGAAUGAUAUAGUGUCGGAUUAUAGCCCAAAGUAUAAGUAUCCAUGAGUCCAUACUGAUGUAAAUAAAUGAUUGAAUGUAUACAUAAGUGGAGGAGAAAAGACAAAUCUCUUGCGCAGAAGAAUUCCAAAUAAUUGAGGUAUGUGCACCCGCUUCACGGAGGUGGAGAGUAAAUCUCCGCUCCUUGCGUGUGACCUGUGUUUAGUGACUUCCUUCCAAAGACUGCGUAUGCAUAACUUUAUAGUGGAGAAAUCUGACAAACACUGCCUCAGCAGCGGUUCUCAAGGUCACCGUCAUUAUGGUUCAAUCACAUUAAUAGCUUGUAUCCUUGAUAUGAUGGGAAUGAUACUUCACCUCGGUGACCUUCCUGCUCCCAACCCGUAACUCCAGUCUACCCAUGAGAAAUAUCAUCAGAGGAACCCAAGUGGAAGGACAUUCUACAGAAUACCUGACCCAUACUCCUCCAAUCUGUCAAAGUCAUCAAAAACGAGAAACGUCUGAGAAAGUGUCACAGACCAGAGGGGCCUAAGGAGACGUGACGGCUAAAUGUAACGUGAUAUCCUAGAUGGGGUCCUGGAACAGAAAAAAGGACAUUAGGGAAAAACUAAAGUUAUCUCAAUAGAGGUUGGACCUUUGUUAACAAUAAAGUAUUAGUAUCGCUGCUUGGAACCAUCAGCAUCCACUACAAUGUGAAAGUGGGUCCAGACUGAAAAGAAAAACCCUUACAAUUGCCAUCCCAGCCCAGAAGCUUCACAAUCACCUUCACAGCCAUGCUUACGUUGUAAAAAAUUAUGGCUGUUGCAAGCUGUGGUUUUUAAAUUUAAUGCUGUUCUAAAUGCCUAUAAUUUCAGGUAGUCUCCUUUGGAAGUGAAAGCAAUAUUUUCAGCGCUCCAAUUUAUUUGUUCUAGGCUUGUUGACAGAGUAGGAUGACUGAGCCGUAGAAGGAAAGAAGCAAAUUUGGGGAAGGAUCCAUGGAGUUGACAUAUGCAUUAUCCAGAAUUUAAACAAUCCUCGUAAACCCAUGUGUCCCCCCUGCUGCACCCUACAAAGUGUGUUAUUUCUUUUCCUGACUAACAUUUUCUUCUUAAUGCUGAAUUAAUAAAGUUAUUUUCAUUUCAUUAUGCCUGGCUUUCAGAGUACUUUCUAAUAAAUUCACUCUUUAUCAGUUAGAAGCCUCCUUCUGUUUCACGUUUUGUCUCCUGCAUGGCCUUUUGUUUCCUAAUCAAAAUCACAACUUCUAGAUGAAGCGAGGAAAGGAUUUUGUUGUCUCAAACCCCAUUCGGUGCGUGAGCGAAUCAGAAGCGAGCUGGG